AUGCAAUCCAGUCCAUGUGAGCGCAUCUUCAGUCGAUUUGCAUCCGAUAGCUGUUUACUGUCAAUUAGCACGUCUGCGUAUCGCAAGGCCGACCCGUCUGCCAGUUUUGCAGAAGCCCAGUCGCACGCGAAACGGUAUGAGAGCGAAGCAUAUAGCAAGGCUGCUUCAAAGGCAGAAUAUGAUCAAUUGUUGCAGCAAGUGAUUGAUGAAGCUCAAGCACAGCAUUCGGCAGCUCCGGUGAUUGAUAGCCCAGAACUCAAUCCAAACUAUGAGGAAGAACAAUUCCAGAAAGAUGCAAUCACGAUUGGUAAAUACCAGCAUUGCCACCACCAUGACGAUGGGCUACUUUCUACCAUAUAUCGGGCCAAAAAUGACGAUGGCGAACUCGUCGCUCUCAAGGUCACUACACCGCACCUGAUGGGCCCACCCCACGAUUCUAAACGCGAGGUCCGACUUUUGAAGGAGACUGCAAGCAAGCAUGUCAUCCCACUAUUUGAAGCAUUCGAUCUCGCCGGUGGUCGGUUGAUAUUGGUUUUUCCGUACAUGCAGUUCAACCUAAACGAGCUCCUCCAAGAGGAUAUAUUAACUCCCUCCCAAGUUAAAUCUCACCUUCGCGAUAUGUUUACUGCUCUGGAAUUCGUGCAUAGUCUGGGUAUUAUUCACCGCGACGUGAAGCCAUCCAAUAUACUGUUGAAGUCUCCUGCAGGGCCGGCAUAUCUGUCAGACUUUGGCAUCGCAUGGAAAGACGGCGAUGCAGGCUCGGAACCGAGCACACAAAAAAUCACUGAUGUCGGCACAACCUCCUAUCGACCUCCAGAGAUUCUUUUUGGCUCCAAGGAUUAUAACACGACGUUGGAUCUGUGGGCAGCUGGAUGUGUGGUAGCAGAGGUCUUGGAUGUAUACCACAGCCAGCUUUUCGAUGCGGGACCUCUCGGCAGCGAACUUGCCCUGAUCCAAUCUAUCUUCACAAAACUGGGUACACCCGAUACAACAGUGUGGCCGGAAUCGUCGAGAUUGCCGGAUUGGGGAAAGUUUGAGUUUCACAAAUACCCUGCCAAGCCGUGGGAGGAAGUCAUCAAGGGGGCAUCCUCACAGGGUCGUGACUUGGUCAGCCAACUGGUUCGCUACGAGAGCGCUUCGCGAUUGACUGCAACGAGGGCUCUCGAGCAUCCGUUUCUCUCUUUGUGA